AUGCCUUCCCCGCCACGACCCUCCUCAUGCAGGAAGCUAAUACCUCGACGUACACAGAACCUUUCGUUCGUCCUCGAAGGAAUCCACAAGGUGAAAUUCGAAGAUCGCCCAGUUCCGCAGCUGAAGGACCCUCACGAUGUGUUGAUCAACGUUCGAUACACGGGCAUUUGCGGUAGUGAUGUACACUACUGGGAGCACGGCGCCAUUGGCCAGUUUGUGGUUAAGGAGCCCAUGGUCUUGGGACAUGAAUCGGCGGGGGUCAUUUCCCAAGUCGGGUCCGCGGUCACUUCCUUGAAGGUUGGUGACAGAGUGGCUAUGGAGCCUGGCAUUGCGUGCCGACGAUGCGAGCCUUGCAAGAGUGGCAAGUACAACCUCUGUGAAAACAUGGCUUUUGCUGCCACCCCGCCAUACGACGGCACGCUCGCGAAGUACUAUGUGCUUCCAGAAGACUUCUGCUACAAGCUUCCCGAGACACUCUCACUGGAGGAAGGUGCCUUGAUGGAGCCCCUCAGUGUGGCUGUCCACAUUGUUCGCCAAGCCCAGGUGAGCCCUGGUCAAUCGGUGGUCGUUUUCGGCGCUGGUCCUGUUGGUCUGUUGUGCGCCGCCGUUGCCACGGCAUUCGGAGCAUCGAAGGUGAUUGCAGUGGAUAUCCAGCAGCCUCGUCUGGAUUUUGCCAAGCAAUAUGCUACCACCAGUACUUUCUUGCCUGGAAAGGCGUCGGCGCAAGAAAAUGCCGAGCGUCUGAAGAAGGAAAAUGACCUUGGCACUGGUGCCGACGUUGCCAUCGACGCUUCGGGGGCCGAGCCUUCAGUUCACACCGGUAUCCAUGUUCUCCGCAACGGUGGCACAUACGUGCAAGGUGGCAUGGGUCGAAGUGAGAUCCAAUUCCCUAUCAUGGCCGCGUGCUCCAAGGAAUUGACCCUCAAGGGAAGCUUCCGCUACGGCAGCGGCGACUAUAAAUUGGCCGUGGGCCUGGUAUCCGAGGGCAGGGUCAACGUCAAACAGCUGAUCACCGGCACCGUCAAAUUCGAGGAAGCUGAGCGGGCAUUCUUGGAAGUGAAGGCCGGAAAGGGGAUCAAGACACUCAUUACUGGAAUCAAUGAGUGA